GAUGGCAAACCACGGUCGCACCAUCAUCCUGUCCAUCCACCAGCCUCGAUACAGCAUCUACCGCCUGUUUGACAGCCUCACCCUCCUGGUCACCGGCAAACAGGUUUAUCACGGACCAGCACAGAGUACACUGGAUUAUUUCUCUGACAUUGGAUACACCUGUGAGCCCCACAAUAACCCAGCUGACUUCUUCCUGGACAUCAUCAAUGGAGACUCGACCACCUUUGCCCUCAGCAGCAUAGAUAUUGAAGAUCCAGAUUCAGACACGCUGUCAAAGUCCAGACAGGGGAUCGAAAACAAACUGGUGGAGGAAUAUAGAAACUGCCACUACUAUAAACAGACCAAAGCAGAACUGG